AUGUCUACUUCAAUCAGUCAAGCGUUUAAAAGCUUAAACGUUUCAACUAAUUCACAGGAUCAUGAGAAUAUCUAUGAGAUAUCAUAUCAAUAUUUGUCUAAAGUAAAGAAAUUCAAUGAUAUCAAAUCUUUCAACAACUGUAUAGUAGCAUUAAUCAACUUGGAAAAAUACCAAAAAGCAUUAGAUCUUAUCAAUAAAAUCAAAGAUGAUGAUAUAAUUGAAGAAUUUUCCAUCGAAGUGGCUUACAUAUUCUAUAAAACCAAUGAAUCCCUCCGCUUACAACAAUUAUAUGAGAAAAUCAACGGUAAAUCAUCUAAAUAUUUAAUCAGAGGUUUGAAACAUAUUUUAGCUCAAGAUUACUAUAAGAUUGGAGAGAAUAAGAAAGCUUUGGAAUUAUAUGAAGAAUUGAUCAGUAGUAAUGAAAUCGAUAACAAUUUGGACUUAGCUACCAACGAAUUAGCUAUUAUCAGUCAAAUCAAAUUCCUUAAAAAUGAAAUCGCUCAACCUGCUAGUGAUACUGAAGAUUUGAAUAAUUAUGAUUAUUUGUUCAAUAAAGCAUUGAUUGAAAUAAGUAAUGGUAAUUUAUUAUCAGCCAAUGAACUUAUUGACAAUUCAAUAGAAAUUCUUCAAUCAAGUGGUUUAGAAGGUGAAGAGUUAGAUGGUGAAAGAGCUCCAUUAUUAUUAGCUAAAUCAAUUAUUUUGAAUGCUCAAGGUGAAAAAGAUCAAAGUUUAUCCAUUUUAGAUGAUUUGAAAUCUAAAAAUUUCGAUGAUUUAUUACUUAAUUUGAUUAUCAAGAAUAAUUCCUAUUCAUUUAGUGAAGUUUUAAUUUCAAAAGAAUAUAAUUUGGUUCAUAGAGAUUUGAAUUAUCAACCAAAUAUCAGUAAAUUAAGUGAUAAAUUAUCUUUCAUACAAAAUGCUUCCUUUGUUAAGAAUAAUUUAUUAUUAUCAUAUUUAUCCAAUACUUUAUCACCAUCAUCUAAUUAUUUGAAGAAUGCUAUUGUAAAGAAGUUCCUUACCAAUGGAGAUUUUUCAUUAUUAAAUUUCAAAACCUUGAUCAAAUUAGGUAUAACUAAUGAAGAUUUGAUUUAUAAUUCAGAUGCUACUAGUAGGAAAUUAUUUAAAUCUAUCAAUAAUACUGAAGUUACUAAAGAAAACUUCCAACAAUUAACAGCUAUUGCCUUUAGUUUAUUAUCACAAAACUUAAAACAACAAAAAUAUAAUCAAUCAUUAAUAAGUUUGGAAAAGUUGGUGGAUUUCAACCUCUCAAAUAAUGAAAUAUUACCAGCAUUAGUGGGUUCUUUAAUAAAUUUAUAUGAGAAGUUAGAUCUCAAUGAUAAGUUGAAUAAUUUAUUCGAAAAGUUAUAUGAAAUGUUCAAACCUUCAGAUAUCGAAUUAUUUGAUUUCUACAAAGUAUCAGCUUUCAAAUUAUUGAAUUUGGGUAAUAUUGAAUUGAGUAAUAAGAUAUUCAUUAAAUUGAAUGAGGUCAAUCCUUCAGAUACUUUAAUUAAGAAUAUCUUGAAUAACGAUAACCAAGGAUUGGUUUCUAUUGAAACAUUAUCCAAUUCAAUAGAUGAAAGUAUCAUAUCAACCGAUAUAAAUUCAUUAGUUCCUACAACUGUUGAUACUAUUCCAUCAAUUAAACCAAGAUCAGAUAAAAGGAGAGUUACUAAACCCAAAUUUGGUAAAAAUAAAGUCAUCAAACCAAUUGAUGAAGUUACUCUUGAUGAAGAAAGAUGGUUACCUAUGACAGUUAGAUCAUAUUAUAAACCAAAGAAAUCUAAGAAGAAAAUGACUGGUCAUCAAGGGGUAGUAGAAACUCCAACUCCAACUCAAUCCCCAGCUCCACCUUCUAAUCCACCUUCUACUACCAAAAAAGCUACUAAGAAGAAGAAAAAGGGUAAAAAGUAA